AUGGAGAAGGGGGCGCUCUGCGGGCUGCUGGCGCUGCUAGUCCUCGGCGCGGCCAGCUCUGCCAGGCAGGAGCUGCAAGUCCUAGACCUGCUGACAGUGACUGAGGCUCGGCACAUGGCCAGUGUGGCAGACAAGAUCAGGACCCAGCUACUGGCAGUUGAUGACAUUUACCUUCUCUCCACCUUCCGCCUCCCCCUCAAGCAGGGCGGGCUGCUCUUCGGCCUGUACUCCAAAAAGGACAACACCCGGUGGCUGGAGGCCUCUGUCAUUGGGAAAAUCAACAAAGUGCUCGUGCGGUACCUGCGGGAAGAUGGCAAGGUGCACUCCGUCAACCUGCAGCACGCCAGUGUGGCGGAUGGGCGGAGCCACACGGUGAUCGUGCGGCUGAGCGGCCUGCGUGGGGACAGCCUGGCCAUGGAGCUCUACGUGGACUGCAAGCAGGUGGACUCCAGCGUGGGGCUGCCCGAGGUGAUGAUCCUGCCGCAGGCAGAGGUGGAGUCGGUCGAGGUGCGCACAGGGCAGAAGGCCUAUCAGAAGAUGCAGGGGUUCGUGGAGUCAAUGAAGCUGAUUCUAGGAGGGUCCAUGAGCCGAGUUGGGGCCCUGAGCGAAUGUCCCUUCCAAGGGGAUGAAUCCAUCCAGAACGCAGUGACCAGGGUGCUAAACUCCAUCCUGGGUGAGCAGGCCAAAGCCCUGGUCACUCAGCUGACCCUCUUCAACCGGAUCCUGGGGGAGCUGCGAGAGGACAUCCGCGACCAGGUGAAGGAGAUGUCUCUGAUCCGGAACACCAUCAUGGAGUGCCAGGUCUGCGGGUUCCACGAGCACCGCUCUCGCUGCAGCCCGAGCCCCUGCUUCAGUGGCGUCGACUGUAUGGAGACGUACGAGUACCCCGGGUUCCGCUGUGGGCCCUGCCCGCCCGGCUUCGAGGGCAAUGGCACCCACUGUGCCGACAUCAAUGAGUGCGGUUAUGCAGACCCCUGCUUCCCAGGCUCCAAGUGCAUGAACAGCGCGCCUGGCUUCCGCUGCGAGCCCUGUCCUCAUGGGUACCAGGGGAACCUUGUCUCUGGCGUGGGCACAGACUAUGCCAAGGCCAGCAAGCAGGUUUGUACAGAUAUUGACGAAUGUAACGAUGGCAACAAUGGUGGCUGCGACCCAAACUCCAUCUGCACCAACACGGUGGGCUCCUACAGGUGCGGGCCGUGUAAGGCUGGGUUCCUGGGGAACCAGACGCUGGGCUGCAUCCCACAGAAAUCCUGCAGCAGCCCCACCCACAACCCCUGCGACAUCAAUGGCUACUGCAUGUUUGAGCGGAAUGGUGCCGUCUCUUGUGCGUGCAACGUGGGCUGGGCCGGGAACGGGAACGUGUGUGGUCGGGACACGGACAUCGAUGGCUACCCAGACGAGCCGCUGCCCUGCAUCGACAAUGACAAGCACUGCCAGCAGGACAACUGUCGGAUGACGCCCAACUCCGGGCAGGAGGACGCUGACAAUGACGGCGUCGGGGACCAGUGUGACGACGACGCGGACGGGGAUGGCAUCAAGAAUGUGGAGGACAACUGUCGACUCUUCCCCAACAAAGACCAGCAGAAUUCAGACACCGACUCCUUCGGGGAUGCCUGUGACAACUGCCCCAACGUACCCAACAAUGACCAGCGGGAUACAGACAGCAACGGUGAGGGGAAUGCCUGUGACAACGACAUUGACGGGGAUGGGAUCCCCAAUGUUCUCGAUAACUGCCCCAAGGUGCCCAACCCGUUGCAGACAGACCGGGAUGAGGAUGGCGUCGGGGAUGCCUGUGACAGCUGCCCUGAAAUGAGCAACCCCACUCAGACAGAUGCAGACAGCGACCUGGUGGGAGACGUCUGUGACACCAAUGAGGACAGCGAUGGGGACGGGCACCAGGACACCAAGGACAACUGUGCCGAGAUCCCCAACAGCUCCCAGCUGGAUUCGGACAACGAUGGGCUGGGGGAUGAGUGUGACAACGACGACGACAAUGAUGGCAUCCCCGAUUACGCAGCGCCCGGCCCCGACAACUGCCGCCUCAUCCCCAACCCCAACCAGAAGGACUCGGACGGGAACGGUGUGGGCGACGUCUGUGAGGAGGAUUUCGACAAUGACACUGUGGUGGACCAGCUGGACGUGUGUCCAGAGAGCGCUGAGGUGACACUGACCGACUUCCGGGCCUACCAGACCGUCAUCCUCGACCCCGAAGGGGAUGCCCAGAUCGACCCCAACUGGGUGGUUCUCAAUCAGGGCAUGGAGAUUGUGCAGACCAUGAACAGUGACCCAGGCCUGGCAGUAGGCUACACGGCCUUCAAUGGGGUGGACUUCGAGGGCACCUUUCACGUUAACACCAUCACGGAUGAUGACUACGCCGGUUUCAUCUUCAGCUACCAGGACAGUGCCAGUUUCUACGUGGUGAUGUGGAAGCAGACAGAGCAGACGUACUGGCAGGCGACGCCCUUCCGGGCAGUGGCUGAGCCAGGUCUACAGCUCAAGGCCGUGAAGUCGGAGAACGGCCCUGGGGAGCACCUGCGCAAUGCCCUGUGGCACACAGGCCACACCCCAGACCAGGUCCGGCUUCUCUGGAAAGAUCCCCGCAACGUGGGCUGGAAAGACAAGACCUCCUAUCGAUGGCAGCUCACACACAGGCCCCAGGUGGGCUACAUCAGGGUGCGGCUCUAUGAGGGACCCCGUCUGGUUGCCGACUCUGGGGUGAUCAUCGACACCACCAUGCGGGGCGGGCGGCUGGGCGUCUUCUGCUUUUCCCAGGAGAACAUUAUCUGGUCCAAUCUGCAGUAUCGGUGCAAUGACACGAUCCCAGGAGACUUUGAGCCUUUCCGCCGAUUCCUGCUGGAGGGCCGCGAGUGAGGAAGCCUCCUUCCCCAGCCACACCCAGGACCUCUCCAAGUGCAUCACCAAGGGACUUCCUGUGACUUCCACAGCCUCCUCCCUGAGCUGGGCCUUGGCCUCUCCCUGUCUGUGGCCCACAGGCCUCCACGCUGUCCAGACCUGGGUACUGGAACCCAUCGGACCUUGCGUUGCAGUAACUGGUACUAAAGUGCCUGCCCAGCCCAGCUGGGCCUGCCUCCCCCUCAGCAGGAUAACCAAAUCACACACCCUCGCCAGGACCCAGCCUCAUGGGGCUCUGUAGCUGGGCAUUGAGCAAAGGACCGCAAGGCAACUGGUGCAUCUGCUGGAGGAUUGGGGCCAUCAGGCAAGCUUCUCCAGUUGGUACUGCUAGUGCCCAAAGCA